AUGCAGGCCGAUCAGAAACACCGUGUAGAACGCGACACUUUCGGCGAACUCCAGGUUCCUGCAGACAGAUACUGGGGAGCGCAGACCCAGCGCUCACUGCAGAACUUUGAUAUUGGUGGUCCGACAGAACGCUUGCCACCACCCCUCAUUAAGGCGUUUGGCGUCCUCAAGAAAGCCUCCGCGAUCGUGAAUGUCGGCUAUGGUUUGGACCCUAAGAUUGGUGGUGCGAUCCAGCAAGCUGCAGACGAGGUCAUCUCGGGAACGCUCAUUGAUCAUUUCCCACUUGUGGUGUUCCAAACUGGCAGUGGAACCCAGAGCAAUAUGAAUGUCAACGAGGUCAUCUCAAACCGCGCGAUUGAGAUGCUCGGAGGACAACUGGGUUCUAAGAAACCUGUUCAUCCCAACGAUCAUGUUAACAUGAGCCAGAGCAGCAAUGAUACCUUCCCUACAGCAAUGCAUAUUGCAGCUGUCACCGAAAUUAAUCACUCCUUGCUGCCUGCUUUGGUCGAGUUGAGAGAUGCUCUUGACGAAAAGGCAAAGGCCUUUGCUAAUAUUAUCAAGAUUGGUCGUACGCACUUGCAGGAUGCCACACCUUUGACGCUGGGUCAAGAAUUCAGUGGAUAUGUCGAGCAAGUGUCCAAUGGAAUUGAGCGAGUUCAAGCUGUUCUCCCACGGCUAAGCUUUUUGGCGCAAGGAGGUACUGCAGUGGGAACCGGGCUCAACACCAAGAAGGGCUUUGACGUCAAGGUUGCGGCGGAGAUCUCAAAGAUCACUGGGCUUGAGUUCAAGACAGCUCCGAACAAGUUCGAAGCGCUUGCGUCGCACGACGCUCUUGUUGAGGCGCAUGGAGCGCUGAAUGUUCUGGCAUGCUCGUUCAUGAAGAUCGCCAAUGACAUCCGGUUCCUUGGCUCUGGUCCUCGCUGCGGCUUCGGCGAGCUCAGUCUGCCCGAGAACGAGCCUGGUAGCAGUAUUAUGCCCGGAAAGGUUAAUCCUACGCAGUGCGAGGCGCUGACCAUGGUCGCGGCGCAGGUCAUCGGCAACCAGACCGCGGUUAGCGUAGCAGGUGCUAGUGGUCAAUUUGAGCUGAAUGUCUUCAAGCCGGUUAUGAUCAAGAACGUUUUACAGAGCAUCCGGUUGUUGGCAGAUGGCUCGCGCUCGUUCACUAAGAAUUGUGUCGUUGGCAUUCAGGCAAAUGAGAAGCGGAUCAACACGUUGCUGAACGAGUCUUUGAUGUUGGCAACGAUCUUGAACAGUCAUUUAGGCUACGACAACGUGGCUAAGUGCGCGAAAAAGGCACAUAAGGAGGGCACGACAUUGAAGCAAGCUACAGUGGCGUUGGGUUUGCUUACGCCGGAGGAGUUUGAUGAGAAAGUCCGGCCGGAGUUGAUGCUGGGUCCCGAUGACCCGUAG